CUGAUCUGUGGUUUAUUUUCUUUUUUUGCAGUGAUGAGGUUAACAAAGCCUACCUUAUUCACUAACAUUCCAGUGACUUGUGAAGAAAGAGAUUUGCCAGGUAAUCUAUUUAACCAGCUCAUGAAAGAUGAUCCUUCUACUGUAAAAGGAGCAGAAGCUUUGAUGCUUGGAGAAAUGCUGACUUUGCCUCAAAAUUUUGGAAAUAUAUUUCUGGGAGAAACAUUUUCCAGUUACAUUAGUGUGCAUAAUGAUAGUAACCAAGUUGUCAAGGACAUACUGGUGAAGGCUGAUCUUCAGACAAGUUCUCAGCGCUUGAACCUUUCAGCUUCUACUGCUGCAGUGGCAGAACUUAAACCUGACUGCUGUAUUGACGAUGUGAUUCAUCAUGAAGUGAAGGAAAUAGGAACACACAUCUUAGUUUGUGCAGUAAGUUAUACUACACAAACAGGAGAGAAGAUGUACUUCAGAAAGUUCUUCAAAUUUCAGGUGCUCAAACCACUAGAUGUGAAAACCAAAUUCUACAAUGCAGAGGUAAAUGUGAGCUAUUUGUAUUUAGGUUUGUUUUGGUUUACUGUUUAUUACUUCAUUUUAGGUAGUUUGAUUAAAUUCAAAGAUCUUCUUAAUGACCAUAUUUAUUUGCUGAUGAGUUUAUGUAAUGUAAAUUAAAAAUAGAUUCAUGAUGGAAAAUAGAAAGAAAUGGCAUAUGUAAAGCAAGCAUGUAAAGAAUUUAAUGUAAUUGUUGAAAAUUUUUCAUGUUUUCUGCUGUCCCGUGAACUCAAAUACUUGCAUUUACAGAUAGUAUUUUCAGGUUUAUAGACUACUUACAGUAAGGGGAGAUUAACUGUAUGAAAAACAGAUAACAGUUUACCACAAUGGGAAAAACAAAUUUUUCUCCAAUGUAAAUAUAACCCCUCUGUUAAAUAACUUAAUUUUCAGGUUUGUGGUAGUUAUGCAUGGCACUUUAAAUUCUCAUAACUGCAAAUAUUUAUUUGGAUGUACUUAAGUAUCUCUUUUGGGCUCUUUACUGGUAGAAUUCUAAUUGAAGGUAGCACUGAUAGUGGUAACUCCUACAAAUUACAUAGAUCAUUCUUUUCCGUUGUAGACUUCCCCUGUAGAUAUAUGUGUUGUUUAUAUCUGUUACAGGAUGUGAACUUCCCCUUUAUCUCAUUAGAAGUAGUUGAUACUGAUAAUAAGGAAGUCCAUCAUAUUCUGUAUUGUCUGUACAAAGUUCUUGCAAAGAGUUUCCAUUAUGAUUAAUAACUUACACCAUAACCUCUGAAACAUGGUUAACUCAGCCAUUUUGUUGAACAUCUUUACUAGUAGUCUUAAAUACUUCAGUUGAAAUUGUUUAAAUGAGAGUGAAAUUGCAGAAAAUUCUUUUCAGUGAAGAAUAAAUGGAAGAAAAAAACCAAAUGUGACAAUCUGAUAAUACUUUGUGUUAAGUAGAAAACAUUUUACUCUCCUGUUUGUUCUUAAUGGAGCAGAUACAUGUUAUGAAUUUGCAGUAGAAAAGCAGAGUGUCUCAAAAUCUAUUGUCUUAAUUGUAUAUCUCAAUCAUAUGGGGUUCAUCAUGCGAUAUUAUGGCUAUCCAGUUGCAAAAGAUAUAUUUCUGAUAAAAAUCAACAGAGAAAACAGGAAAAAUGACAUCAUAAUUUUUGGUCUACUGAUGAGGAUCUUGGGUGCAAACAUCGACCAUGUUCAGAGUUGCACAGGAGAUUCCCCAAGAUUUUCUCUGUUGUAUAUGACCAGCACGUAGAUUAUAAGCCAUUUAAUAUAGCAUGUGAUUUAUUUAGAGGAAGUAUAGUCCAAAGAAUUUAAAUGUCGUAGUACAAAGAAAUGAAAGGGAGUAUUUUCUUUAAAAUACCUGGCUGCAUCUAACCUUCAGUUAUUAGGUUGAUUAAGAGAUGUACCUGAGAGGAUCAGAAUAUGUGAGUGUACUACUAGCUGAGUGCUUGAGUGCUUCGUAGAUCUAGCAUAGAUUCCAGGAAUGGGGAAUAUCUUCGGAAUUACAUAAAUAAGAUAAAUCUUCAUUUUCUACAUGGAUCACAUUAUUUCAGGUAGAAAAUACAUGGUGGGAUAAAGAGGAACAAAUGUCUUAGACCUUAUUGUCUCUCUACUUUAUAUGUAAAUUUUGUUCUGUGCUGAAAGAAUUUGUAAUUUUAGGCAGACUUUUGAGAUGGCAUGACUACUCUUUUCUU